AUGGUGCAGCAGGAGUGGCCGACCAGCUUCACGCCACUCGCGAGCACCGGCCGCGACCCGUUCAAGGGCCGCGCCUUCAACACGCAUUCCGACGCCCUCUUCCUAGCGACGUUUGUCUUCCGUGUCCUCUCGCGGGGUCGCACCGGCGGCCUAGGCAGCACGGUGCAAGGGCUCGUCGAGUCGCUGGGUGGGGUGCACACCUUGGGCCUUCCCAAGGGUCAAGGCUUGGUUGGCCCCACAAAGGGGCAGACGUUGACGCCGCCCCCUCCCGCCGGCGCGGGCCUCACGCCUAUUCGCGUGGCGGGUGUGGCGGUACUCGCCAUCGGGGUGAUACUCAGGGCCCGUGCCCUCAAGACGAGGUAG